GGAAAGUUCUCUAACGCAUCAAGUUGUUCUAGAACACUGAUCACACACACACACACACACACACACACACACUCUCUCUCUCUCUCUCUCUCUCUCUCUCUCUCUCUCUCUCUCUCUCACUCGCUCACUCACUCUGCAGGUUUUCUACUGUAGAUGAUGUAGAGGAUGCGUUUCAUCGCAAAGCGUAAAUAAAUCUAGGGUAGGAGUGACCAAAACGAAAAAUUUUAAACAAACAGUUUUUUUUAGAGAGAGAGAGAGAGAGAGAGAGAGAGAGAGAGAGAGAGAGAGAUAGGUUACAUCAGUCACCGAGCUGCAGUCCUGGAAUAAAAAAAUAUAUAUCCCUGGCAUGAAGUCACAGCUUAUUUCACAUCCGGUUUUGCCCAGACACACACACGCGCGCACGCACACACACACACACACACACACACUCACACGCGCGCGCGCGCGCGCACGCACACACUCACACACACGCGCGCACGCACUCAGCAGCAGCAUUCCGCGCUGUCCCGGUGGAGAGGAGCAUCACUGGGCAGCGACACCGCGGCGCUUUUCUCCCGCAGCUACACCGUGAUCUUGCGGGGCGAAGAGAGAGACAGAGAGAGAGAGAGAGAGGGAGAGAGAGAGAGAGAGAGAGAGAGAGAGAUAGUUUCAUCACCGCGUAGACCUUCAUCACCGUCCUCUUUAUCAUCAGCAUCCUCCUCACCCUCCUUCUCUUCAUCAUCAACAGCAAGAGCAACAGCACAAGCGGCUUCUUCUCCUUCUUCUUCUGCUUCUUCUCCUCCUCCUUCUCCUGCUGCCUCGAUGUAAAAACUGCAGCUGAGAUUUUUUGGAGAUUUUUCGCGACACUGCAGAAGAGAACUCGUUUCAGCUGCGUGCUUGAAGACUCGUUCUUCAGCAAUGAUGUGGGCUCGACUGGGAGCAGCGUGGAUCUGGGCCUGGUUACUGGCGGUCAACGUUCUGGGCAAAAGCUCAAAUCAGAACGGAUCGGACGAGCAGAAGGACAACACCACCGUCUUCACCCGCAUCCUGGACAGUCUGCUGGACGGCUACGAUAACCGUCUCAGGCCCGGACUUGGUGAGCGCGUGACUGAGGUGAAGACCGACAUCUUCGUGACGAGUAUCGGCCCCGUCUCCGAUCACGACAUGGAAUACACCAUAGACGUGUUCUUCAGACAGAGCUGGAAGGACGAGCGUUUGAAGUUUAAAGGUCCAAUGGCCGUGCUGCGCCUCAACAACCUGAUGGCCAGUAAGAUCUGGACCCCCGACACGUUCUUCCACAACGGCAAGAAAUCGGUAGCGCACAACAUGACAAUGCCCAAUAAACUGCUGCGCAUCACGGAGGAGGGAACGCUGCUCUACACCAUGAGGUUGACGGUGAGAGCUGAGUGCCCGAUGCACUUGGAGGAUUUCCCCAUGGAUGCUCACGCCUGUCCACUCAAAUUUGGCAGCUAUGCGUACACGCGGGCGGAGGUGGUGUACGUGUGGACGAGAGGAGCAGCUCAGUCAGUGGUGGUGGCUGAAGACGGAUCUCGGCUGAACCAGUACGACCUGAUGGGACAGACGGUGGACUCAGGAGUCGUCCAGUCCAGCACCGGCGAGUACGUUGUCAUGACAACACACUUCCACCUGAAAAGGAAGAUCGGCUACUUUGUCAUUCAGACGUAUCUGCCAUGCAUCAUGACCGUCAUCCUGUCACAGGUUUCCUUCUGGCUCAACAGAGAAUCCGUUCCUGCUAGAACUGUGUUUGGAGUGACCACUGUCCUGACCAUGACCACUCUGAGUAUCAGCGCUAGAAACUCUCUGCCCAAAGUGGCCUACGCCACCGCUAUGGACUGGUUCAUCGCCGUCUGCUAUGCCUUCGUGUUCUCCGCCCUCAUCGAAUUCGCCACUGUCAACUAUUUCACAAAGAGGGGUUAUGCCUGGGACGGGAAGAGCGUUGUACCUGAAAAGCAAAAGAAGAAAAAGGAGUCUCUCCUGAAGAAGAACAAUACCUACACAGCUGCCACGGCAACCGCUUUCGCCCCCAACAUCGCCAGAGAUCCAGGAUUAGCGACCAUCGCCAAAAGCGCACCUCCUCCACCAACCGAGCCAAAAGAAGAGCCGAAACCCAAACCGGCUGAGGCAAAGAAAACGUUCAACAGUGUGAGCAAAAUUGACCGGAUCGCCAGAAUAGCGUUUCCUCUACUCUUUGGUACCUUUAACCUGGUCUACUGGGCAACUUAUCUAAAUAAAAAACCCAAAAUUCAAGACGCGCUAACACCCCACUAAUCCUAAAUCUUUCCUUUUCCUUCUUUCUUUCUCCUCUCUUUUCUUUAAACGUCUGUUUCAAAGUAGAACAAAAUAGUGGUCGAGUCGCUAGUCUCUACUCCGCCUCCUGUGUAAUAUAAGCUUCCUUGAUUAAAAAAGAAAAAAAGACAAAGAAGACAGAAAUCUACAAAAUGUGCUAAUUGCGUUGCCAUGACGAUUCCACCCUGAUGCUAAUACUAUGCAUCACUACAUAUGUGUAUAUACUGUAUAUAAGCAGUAUAUAACUCUACAAUCACACUUACAGGACCUUUUUUUAUUUUCUCAUCACGCCAUCAUGCAUGAGCUGCACUUUUUGCGUUUCCAUGACGACGGUCGAUGCUACCUUCGAGUGUUCUUCCAUUCUCUGUAGUCGAUGUUUUCUAUUUUAAAUAGAUUUUUCGACAUUGCAAGAGCAAUAAAAUAAAACGCGUCUCAGUGGACACACGUUCGCUUUCUUCAUGGAUGUAAAUGCGGAACCGGUUCUUACGUUACUGACAUGAAGCUUAACAUUUUCCUUCAUUUUACUGUAAAUAUUCUAGAAAACGUUAGAGAUGUCAAUCUCCGUUUGAGCUUUGCUUAACGUACGAGAUACAAGCACUUCUCAGCAGAGAAGAAGAGAGCUGUCGUGUUUUUAUGAAAUGGCACUUUGAGGGAGUUCAUGGGUUCAAUUUUACUAUAUAUAUAAUCUUUUAAAAAUUAUUUAUGCCCAUUACAUACCAAUUAAUCAAGGUUUACCUUUGAGGAAAAUGUAAAUGUACAACAGUUACACAAUUGCUAAAUCUAGAAUGUAAAACUAAACCCGUAUGUCCACACUGUCAAGCGACUCAUAAGAUGGUGAAGGGGCAUGUCCUAAAUGGGAGAGGAGUUCUUGUCUUGUAUAGAGGGUGCCAAUACUUACGAAAACGUGAAUUAAAUUCACCUAGCAAAGAAGCCGAUUCGCUGAAGAGGAAAGGACAUGAAAAAAGAUGCACAUUUGUUUAUCGUAGAGUUUACUUUUUGUUUUGCGCAAACGUUAGCUGGUGAACUUGUGAUUUCAUGAGUCUCUGUCAUGUGAGCCAAUAGAAAACAAGUGGGCGGGGCUGUGGUUGCUUUAGAGGAGCCGCUGAUCAUUAAGCAGCAUCACACUGAACUUGUUCAGCUCAUCAUUAAUGUUACUGAAUUUAAUUAAGCACAUACAGGUUUCCAGCUGCAAUGGCAGAUGUGAUGGGCUUCACAGCUUUGGAUCUGUUUUUGUGACAUCACAAAUGCAUGCAAAUCCCCGCCCUCUACUCAGUUAAUUAUAGAAAUAAUGAGAAAUUCGGUUUUAAACAGAAAAAAAACCUAAAUACUGAAGAGGAGUGAAAUAUUUAACAGUAUAGGGAAUAAGCCACACCCUCAGGCAACAAAAAAAGAGCAGUUUUUAUAUUUUUAUGAUACAAACAAAUAUUUUUAAGUGAAAAAAUUGGUCUCAAAACAGCAUUUAAGGAGGAGUUCUUAAAAAAAACAAUUGUGAUACAGCCACAACCAAUAAACAAACCUUUUAAAAAGCAUUUGAAUAGGCUAAUCCAUUAAUAGGCCACACCCACAAGGGUCAAAAAUAGCAGUUGUGACUUUCCCACAUCUCAAAUCAGCCUUCAAUCUUUUAGAUUAAAAAGCUGAAUGGGCCACGCCCACAAGUAACAAACCUUGUCUCUUGGUAGUGUGAACACAACGUCAGGUUGUUCAGCAAAUUCAUUUAUUUUUUGCGUGUAAUUGAUGUCAAGUAAAAUCGAUCUGCUCGAUGGGAUUGUGUGGAAAUGGAUUUUAUAUUUAAUAUGGAAUUAAUCCUUCUUUCAUUUCCGUGUUUGGUCGUAGAACCGCAUGCUAAAAGCCCUUGCAUCGUAGAUCAUUCCGGAAUUCUGUUACUUUGCUGCUCGUUGCGCAUCAAAUGAACGGAACGCAAAGCAGUGCCUUUUCUCUGCUCCUGGAUUGACGAGGCACUCGCUAGGUUGCGCUCUAAUCUCAGUAUGUUGUGUCUUCAGUUGAAAACUUUGUGAAAACUCAGAAAGCACCAGCUACACUGCCUCUUGCCUCGCACGCUGUUCCAGAACUGGCGUACUUCUGUUCCGUGUCACAAGUUCCUGAACGAGAACCGCAUUGUGACGCAUCAUAGUCGCCGAUCUGUUUGCUGAUUUCUUUUUCAUUUUUGGAUUUCCUUGUAGCAUGAUGUCAGAUAAUAUUGGUUUGGUGUUGUGCGAUUUCAGAAAAUCACGUUGAUGUAGCAAUAUGAGAAUAGUUAAAGGGCUUUUUCACGAUCGAACACUCGUCAUUCUGGACAUUUGCACGUUUCACAAAUGGACAGGAACUUCACUAUUCAUGGCGAUAUCGCAUCUAAUAAAUACACCAUUUCUGGUUUCUGUUUGCGACAUUACUGCAACACAACACACUCCGCCCUGCAUCCUCAAGCCUUUUCAUUUUCCCUGCAUCGAAUCUGAGCGGGUCAUGUAACUGGAUGCUGAAAUGCACUCUGGGAUUUGUAGGAUAUGCAAGCAGACAGGCACUCCAUCAAUCAAACGCUGUAUAAAUAUGAAUAUAUACAUUAUACAGUAUUUAAACAUUUCCAUUUUGGAUGUUUAUCAUUAUGCCUAAAUGACAAUGGUGUGUGGCCUGUAGGGGAAAAUAAAUAAAUAUAAAUAUAUAUAUAUAAAUAUUAUACAGUAUAUUAUUCUAUAUUAUAACACACUGCAUAUAUAAAUACUCCAUGACUUGUUCUACAGAGGAUAAAUAUUGUUUGUACCGACUUAUUGUUAUGCAUUUUGCACAUUAGAGGCAUCAUUUACAUAUUUACAUAUUCACGUAGUGAGCUUUGUGCUAUGCAAGGAUAGCUUUGAAACAUGCUAAUUAGCUUUUUUCUUCUUAAUAGAGCAAAAAUACUGUACAGGAAAUAAAGAACUCUAUUAUGCUCCUUCUUCAGCUGUGGAUAUUUUAAUUUGCCAGUCAAUUAAAAAAGAUAUAGAAAUAUAAAUACGACAUUACAUUGAUUAUUUUUGUUCUAUACAGUUUCAGGGUUAGCUUAAAUGUGGACUAUUGUAUUUUAUUACGUUUUUUUUUGUGUGUGUGAAAUGGCAAUAAAAUAAAAAUCAAGGCUCAAAUGGAUACGAAUGAGAAAUGUAAAUUUUGAUUUAAAAACACUUUUGUCUGUUAUUCCGCUAGUCUUUAUAACGUGUCCUUGUUGACUUCCCGUAGCGACUUGAAAGUAAUUUGUUUAUAUGGAUAAAUCAACUGCCAAUAAUUUUCCAUCUUUUAACUGGAAAAAGUCCUUCAUCAACACAAGAGUUGGAAUUUUUUUAGUUUUUCCUCCAAAAAAACCCAACAUUUUUCUCCACCGAAAUCCGGAAGCGUAGCGGAUUUAAAAAUGUCCGCCUUCCAAAGCUAACAUGAUCAUAAGAGUAAGUGUAUUUUAUAUUUUAGUGUAUGAUGGAGGGUAGCUGAUGAAUUGAUUUGUAUUUAAGGUUAGACAAAGAUGGGCUAAUGUUAGCAUAAACACAGCUAUAUGCUAAUGCUAGAUAACGUUAGAUAACAAACGAGACUGCCUUUUUAUACAUCAAAAAAUAAUUUGCUUUGCAUGAAAGUUAAACAACACAGUACAGAACAAUACAGCUAACAAUUUUUUUACUCCAUCUAAAGCUACAGUGCUGUAAUGGCUAGCUAA